AUGUCUCAUGAUCAGAAGAGUAAGAGCUACAACCUUAAGGAAGACCUUCAGGCCCCAAGAGAAGCACAGGGCCUGGUAGGUUUACAGGCUCCCAUAGUUGAAGAAGAAGAAACCACCAGCACCAACACCCCCUCCUCUCCUCUCUCUUCUUUGACCCCUGGCACUCCAGAAGAGUUGUCUGCCACUGGGAUACUUAAUCUUUUUCAGAGUUUACAGAGCUCUUGCUCCUCCUCCACUGCCGACACAGUCACUCUAUCAAGCAAAUCAAAUGAGGGCUCCAGCAGCCAAGAAGAGGAUCCAAGCACCUCUCAGACUCCACUAAAUCCUGAGUCCUUGUUCACUGAAGCGCUACAAAAUAAGGUAUAUGACUUGGUUCAGUACCUGAGUAUCAAGUAUGCAACAAAGGAGCCCAUCACAAUGGCAGAAAUGCUAGAGAGUGUCAUCAGAGAGCACAAAGAUCACUUUCCUGUGAUCUUCACGAAAGCCUGUAAGUGCCUGGAGAUUAUCUUUGGCAUUGAAGUGAAGGAAGUGGACCCCAUCAGCCAUUCUUAUGUGCUUGUGAAAUUACUAGACCUCACCUAUGAUGGGAUGCUGAGUGAUGACCAGGGCAUGCCCAAGACCGGCCUCCUGAUACUUAUCUUGGGCAUAAUCUUCAUGGAGGGCAACCAAACCUCUGAGGAAAGAAUCUUGGAAAUGAUGAAUAUGAUUGGGGUAACUGUUGGGAAGAAUAAUUUUAUCUUUGGGGAGCCUAGGAAGCUCAUCACUGAAGAUCUAGUGCAGGAAAAGUACCUGAAGUGCCAGCAGGUGCCCAAUAGUGAUCCUCCACGUUAUGAGUUUCUGUGGGGUCCCAGGGCCCAUGCUGAAACCACCAAGAUGAAAGUCCUGAAGUCCUUGGCCAAGAUCAUUGGGACUGACCCCACUUCCCUCACAAACUGGUAUGAGGAAGCUUUGAGAAAUGAGAGAGAGGAAGCCCAGGCUGAAGUUGCCUUGGAUGAUACCACAGCCAAUGAAAGUUCAAGUGACGAUGA